CCAACUUCAUUAAACGUUGUGGAAUCAUGGGGACUGCAAGCAACUCAACUUCAGGUGGUGUUAAUGGCGGAUUGGGGCAUUGGAACUCUCCGGUUCCUUACCUGUUUGGUGGGUUGGGAGCCAUGCUGGGGCUCAUUGCCAUAGCUUUGAUAAUUCUAGCUUGUUCUUAUCGAAGAUCUUCCAUGAAUUCGUCAGGCAGUGAUCAUCAUGAUCAGGGUGAAUCAGUGAAGCAAGUAGUUGACAUGCAGUUGGAGAUGGAGCCGAAGAUUGUUGUCAUCAUGGCCGGCGAUGACAAUCCAACCUACCUGGCCAAGCCUGCAUCAGCCUCAGCCUCAGUCUGCACUUGCCACCAAACUCGAUUCAACUCGACCCAUUUGACAUCUCUACCAAUAGCUUAAUUUGGAGUUACUCAUAACACUAGCAGUUUGCGAGAAUCUGUAAAUUGUUGCUGAGUGUGAAAAGUUUUCUUCAUUUUUUCAUUAUAAGUGAUCCCAUUUUCUUUAUUAUUUACUUGUGCACCUCAUGAAGACUCAGUUGAUAAUAAAUAACAAAGAUCUGCUUGCAGAGAAUUUAGAGAA